UCCCACGCACCCUUCCGAGCGAAGAAGCUCGACCUGGGCGCCUUCGUCAACAUCAGAAUCAUCCGCGACCACACGAAGCGCAAGGUCUUCGAACAGCACGAACCGCAGAGACAGGCCCUCCGGUACAUGAUCCGCAACACAUCUCUGCCCCAAUCCAUCCGCAACCGCGCCAUGCUGCAGCUCAGCCAGAUGCACUGCUACACGCGACCUACGCAGAUCAAGAACCGUUGCGUCGCGGGCGGUGUCGCGAGGGGUGUGCUUAGGGCGUUUCGCUUAGGGCGG